AUGACGUUUUUCAUUGAAAUGACGGCUAAGUGUCGGACUAAAGAUAUGAUCAGCACCCUCCCUCAGAACAUAAUAGAAACCAUCUUAUGUCAUCUACAUGUACGAGACGCAGUAAGGACUAGUGUUCUCUCAAAGAAUUGGAGGUACAGUUGGACCCGAAUUCCUAAACUUGUGUUUGUUGAGGAUACAUUUAAAGAACUAACUGCUGGUAGCGAUCAACUGUCUUCUUUGGAACAAGGAAUUGUAUUGCAAAAUCCUCAUAACAAGAUUCUCAAGAAAUGUAAAUUUCUCUAUGUUAUAUACCAAGUUCUGUUAAUGCACCAGGGUCCAAUACUUCAGUUCACCCUUGACAUAGAGGCAUGUGAAUUUGCUAGAUGUCUUGAAAUUGAUCAAAUAAUACUUCAUUUGUCAAGGAGCAAUACUGUCACUGAACUGAAACUUCGCUUGCGGAGUGGAGACUGUGAUCCGUAUCAAUUACCAUUAUCUAUCUAUUCGUUGCAUCAAUUAACGGACCUACAUCUCCGUGGUUGUUUAUCUGAAUAUUGUAAGCUUUUGCAGUCUCUAUCUGAUUUUUACCAUCUUGGCCACAUCCCCUUGAUUGAGCCACUAUUCGAGCGUUUACGUUUGAUUGGACAUCUGACAAUUGCUAAUGAAUGGAUGGACAUGUGUUUAACUGAAGAUAAAGUUCCACGAAAGCUUGCAACCUCAUUAGUCCACCUCAAAUACCUGUCUUUAGAUAUGUGUUUCAUAUGCAAUCUUGGGUUACCGCUUCUUGCUUUCUUGAUCAAAUCCUCCCCAAACUUGGAGAUAAUUAAUUUGCUGAGUAGAGAGUGUUGUAUAUGGAAUCCAAACCCUGUUACACUGGAAGAUCAUUCUGAUAUUUGGCUAGAGCAUCUUUAUGAAUUGAAGAUUGAAUAUGUUGCCAACCUUAAAACUGAGUUGGAGGUUGUGAAGCUAAUCUUGGCCAAGUCACCUGUGCUAAAGAAGGCGAGAAUUGUCCUCGACGUAAAGAUUGCUGCAGAUGGAGUUCCACAAGUGCUUCCAGCCCCUUUAGUCCACCUCAAAGAAUUCAUUUUACAGGAUAUGUGUUACAUUGACGAAUAUGGGUCACCCUUCCUUAGUCUUAUAUUAAGAAGCUCCCCUAACUUGGAAAGACUUUUCCUAACGAUGUAUCAUGAUACAUCUCUUGACACAUCUGAGAUAGAGUCUGUUACACUGAAAGAUUAUGCGGAUGUUAGGUUGGAGCAUCUGAACGAGUUCCAGAUUGUAGAUAUGCAUAACUUGAAGCAUGAACUGGAGUUUGUGAAACUUAUCUUAAAAAAGUCGCCUAUGCUGAAAAAGGUGAGCAUAUUUGUCGACCCUGAGGUUUCUAAGGAUGAAGAAAUGCUGAUAUCAAGAAACCUCUUACACUUCCCACGCGCAUCACCGCUGGUAGAAGUUAUUGUUGGGCGUCUUGAUGAUGAUUAAAGUGAAGGUGAGUUUGAAUAUACACCUUAUACUGGCAGUUCAUUAUGAAAGUUUAUUGCUGUCAAGCUUGUAUUGUUAGAAUUUUUGAGAUUUUUGCACUCACUAACUCAACACAAGCUAUGUACAAUGUUGAAAGUCAAACAUAAUGAUUUUCUUGGACCUCUAGAGGUUUUUUUGAGAA